CACAGGUCUCUAUAUUUUUUAAAGAAAGGAGAAAAUGAACAAAUCCCAGGGUAUUUCAUUACCAAGCCAAAGGUGAUUUUCAAAUUGGAGCAAGGAGUGGAGCCAUGGAUAUUAGAGGAAGAAUUUCUAUACCAGAGCUUCCCAGAAGACUGCAAAACUCAUGACCUAACAGAGAGAAUCCAGGACAACCAAGACAAAUAUUUGCCACAAGUUGCAUUCAACAACAAAACAUUGACUUCAGAGAAAGUUAAUGCUUUAGGAAAAUCAUCUAAUAUGAGCACAAACUUUGUUUCUUCAAGAAUAAUGCCUUAUAAAUAUGACUUAUAUGGAACGAGUUUGAAAAAUACUUCAAUAUCAAUUAGUAGUAAUAGAAACUUUUCAAGAAAGAAGCCUGAUGUACUAAAUAUACAUGAGAAAUUACUUGUUAUUAAGGAGGAAAAAUCUCAUACUCAAGGGGAUUCUUAUGAAAAUAAUCAAAAUGAGAAAGCCCUUGAUUGUAAUAAUGGUAUUAUUCAGCAUCUAAAUAUCCAAACUUCAGAGAAGACAUUUAAAUAUAAUAAUAGUGGGAAAGCCUUGGAGAAAAAGACUGUGAUAAUCCCACAUAGGCAAAUUCAUACAGGAGAGAAACUCUGUGAAUAUAUUGGACAUGAGGAAACUUUCUGUGAGAAGUCCUUUCUUUUGAAAUGUCAUGGAAUCUACAUGGAAAUGAAGCAACAUGAAAGCAGUCAAAUUGAAAAUAAUUGCAGCAGAAUGUCACACUUCACUCAACUUCAGAAAAAUCAGAGAGGAGAGAGGCUAUUCAGAUGUAAUGAAUGUGGGAAAACAUUCAGUCACAAGUCAAACCUCACAGUGCAUCAGAGAACGCAUACAGGGGAGAAGCCCUAUGAAUGUACUAAUUGUGGGAAGUCCUUCCAACAGAAGUCAACGCACAUGGUCCAUCAGAGAGUUCACACAGGAGAGAAACCCUAUGAAUGUAAUUUAUGUGGGAAGACCUUCAGUCACAAAUCAGCCCUCACAGACCAUCAGAGAACACACACAGGAGAGAAACCCUACCAAUGCAGUGAAUGUGGGAAGUCCUUUUACCGAAAGUCAUCCCUCACUCAACAUGGGAGGACUCACACAGGGGGAAAACCCUAUGAAUGUAAUGAAUGUGGGAAAACUUUCUGUCAGAAGUCAGCCAUUGAUAUACAUCAGAAAACUCACUCAGGAGAGAAACCCUUCCAGUGCAAUGAAUGUGGGAAAUCUUUUCAUAUGAAGUCAACUCUUACUAAACAUCAGAGAACUCACACAGGGGAAAAACCCUAUGAAUGUAAUGCAUGUGGGAAGAAUUUCUGUCAGAAAUCUACCCUCACUAAUCAUUUGAGAACUCACUUGGGGGAGAAACCUUAUAAAUGUGGAGAAUGUGGGAAAACUUUCUGUCAGAAAUCAAACCUUACUAAUCAUCAGGGAAUUCACAUAGGGCAGAAGCCCCAUGUGGCACAAACUGGCUAUGUUUUUCCCAAUACUCGUUUCCUUUUUUUUGUGGGUACACAACUAGUUAAGAUUUUCUAGCUUCCCCUUGAUCCACAUGGGGUUAUGCGAUCAAGCUCUGGAUCAGAAUGUGGGCGUAAGUGAUGUACAUUAUUUCCAAGCCUGUGAAAGACCUCAUUUGGAAUCCUUCCUACUUCCCACUCUUUCCCUGUCAAAGAUCAUCCUCAGGACAGCUUGGGAGUGAGGCAUUAGAGAUUACAGAUUCACAAGUUGGAAGAAACCAGGGUCUCUGAAUGACUUCCUGAGCAGAGCCCUCCCUUCUCUACCAUGACCCUUAAGUCUUUUCAGGAACAAGAAAUAAACUUGCAUUGUGUUGAGCCAUCACAUGUUCAGGUCUAUUUGUUGUCAUAGCUUAUCUUAGCCAUCCUGUAUUUCAUAUACCCUGUGAAUCUAAUGAUGGAGUGAGAAACACUGUAUGUCAGAGAAUUCAGUAAGAGAGAAACCCCUGUCAAUAUCCUGCAUUUUAAUAAUCCUUCAUCAGCAAGUCAAGCAUUUUGUAAAUCAGAUAUUUACCAUGGAAAAACCCAAAGAUGAAAUGGAUGUAGGAAGAUUUUCACAAAGACACAGAUUUUACUGAACAUCAGAUAAUUGAGAGUAGAAUAAAACCUUAUAAUCUCAAAACACAUUUCAAAAUUUGUAUAUCAGAGAAUAUGUGACAGAAGAAAAUUGUCAGCUUUAGAAAUGUUGGGGGUGGCUUCCCUGGUGGUGCAGUGGUUAAGAAUCCGCCUGCCAAUGCAGGGGGCGCGGGUUCGAGCCCCGGUCCAGGAAGAUCCCACAUGCCGCGAAGCAACUAAGCCCAUGUGCCACAACUACUGAGCCUGAGCUGUAGAGCCCGCAAGCCACAACUACUGAGCCCAUGUGCCACAACUACUGAAGCCUGCGCACCUAGAGCCUGUGCUCCGCAACAAGAGAAGCCACGACAAUGAGAAGCCUGCGCACUGCAACGAAGAGUAGCCCCCACUCACCGCAACUAGAGAAAGCCCACGCACAGCAACAAAGACCCAACAUAGCCAAAAAUAAAUAAAUAAAUUCAUAAAAAAAUGUUGGGGGAAUCUUCAUCUGGAAAUAAUCUAAUUCUAGAAGCAAGGUUUUGGAUGCAGUACCAAAUAUCUUAUUAGAAAUAUAAUGCAAUAUGUUUACUUAGUCAUGCUCACCAUGGAAUAUGUAGCUUUAAAAAAGGCACAAAUGAAGCAUCAGAGUAGCAGCUUUCAAUGUGUAUGUGAAUAGCCUCUGAGCUAUGUCAGGCUGAUAUGCAUAAGUAUGCUCUUUAACACCUAUUUCAUGUAUGUUUGAUUUUUGUUUUAGACCCCAAAAUAAUCAUAGUGGAAUGAUGAUGCUUACCUAAAUAACUUUAUUUAUAUCAGGGUUUCCUACACUAAAUACUAUUGUUGUUUCAUUAUAUAUUUACACAACAUAUAUUUUAGAAGACACAUUGAGUGCAUAAAAUGCCACUGUGUUCUCUACUCUUUGGUGACAUAUAUAAAUGGGUAUAAACAUUGUUACCAAACUGUCCUUUCAGUAAAUGACCCAAACAAUGUUUAAUAGAAUCAAGGUUUACUAAAGUAUGCAACGAACCAGCACACAAUUGUUUAUAACACACAUCUGAGUUAAUGUUCAAAAGUAGCCUUGAACAUUAGUACUUCUACUUUACAGAUUAAAAACAGCACUUUUUGAAGAAGUUACCCCCAUUUUAUAUUUUUUAUAUGUCUAAGUGAUAUGCUUAUAUAAAUUUAGGUGUGAAGCCCAGAUUUUAUGUGAGCUAAGAACUAUCUGUGUUUGUAUUUAGUGUGGUAGAAUGCCACAGUUUUCUUCCUUGAAUUAUGUGACAUGGUAUUGUUUUCUCAGACAAUCUGUUCUAUUUCUGCCACUUAUCACUUGUGCGACCUAUGUAGUGAUUUAAUCUCUCUGUGCCUCAGUUUCCUCAUUUGCAAAAUGGAGAUACUAUUACCUACUUCACAGAUACUGAAUAGUUUGAC